UACCAUGACAAUUCAUAUUCAAAGAACCAAUUUGGCCCGUGUCUACUUCCAACAUGGAAGCUUCAGGUGUUGAUCAGCGAGACAAGUAUCGCUCUUACAUGUAUGGAGAUGGAGAGAAGAACACACAAUGGAUAUCUGGUGCCCCUCCUAACUAUGAUGUUGUUAACAAGCUCUUUGAAGAAGGCAGAACCAAGAUAUGGCCAGCUGGGUCACUAGGAGAAAGAGUUCAGAACCUUUUGAAGACAUACGAGAUGGAGAUUUCCCACAAAGCAAACCCUCAGGACUUCAAAUCUAUUGAUCCAGAAAAGUUCACUUUCGUCCAGAAUGGGAAAGAACCGCUGAGUAUUGAAGAUAUUAAGAAAAUGGGCGGAGUCUAUAACGUGGAUCUGCAAAGCUCUCUACCUGAGGAGUUUCAGAUCUACAAACCAGCAGAGGAAACAGCAGAAUCGUCCCAUAAGCUUUUCACCACUACUUUUCCACGUGGAUUUGCAAUCGAGAUCCUUGAGGUCUAUUCCGGUCCGCCGGUGAUAGCCUACAAGUUCAGGCACUGGUCUUACAUGGAAGGUCCUUUCAAAGGGUAUGCCCCUACUGGAGAAUUGGUUCAAUUCUUCGGCAUCGCAAUUUUCACGGUGGAUGAGCGGAUGAGAAUCGUAAAGGUGGAGUUCUUUUACGAUCCUGCAGAACUUAUUGGAGGGCUGACGAAGGGUGCCAAAAUUGAAAAUUGUGGUGGAAAUAGUGCAACCACAAGUAGUUGCCCUAUCCCUAGGAACAAAUAAGUGCUACUUGCAUAAAAAUAAAAAUAAAAUGCAGUAUUGGCCAAAAAAAUAAUGUAGCAGCGUUGAUGGACAAGAAUUACAAGACAAUAAAUUAAUCCUUAAUGAUUAUUAAAUAUUGAAUUUAUCAGAAUAUAUCAUUCAGUCACUACUAGAAAUUUCUCCAUUAGCACCUCUUUAGUGGCUACCAUACAUCUAUCAGUGGCAAUAGUAAAUAGUAUUACACUGAUCUGAAAAAUCGGUGGUUUUUUUUCCUUUCA